AAUAUUUUAUCGGCGGCUGCGAUAAAUAUAAAUAUAUACAUUUGUUUGUGUUAUUUUUAAUUAAUUGUUAGUACUCAAAAACAACAACAAAUUCAAAAAAUUUCAAGUCAAAAAUUGACUGGAAGUUUAGUUAAUGAAGAAAAAAGAAGAAGAUUUUCGCAACAGAGAAGCUGGGAAUAACAUUUGCUUUGUGUGUUGCAUUUAAGAUUUUUUUGCAAAGUUUGCAGUGGUGUUAGUGUGCAUUGUGCAUUGUAUACCGAGGACCUAAACAGAGAUUGAUGCCCCUUGAUCUGGAUUGUAGAACAAAAAGGAACGAAUAAAAGUAAUGUCUUUUAAUGCAUCACCUUCUCCGUCGCUGGGAUUAAAUUCCCCAUCCGGAGUUCCAUUAUCUACAGCAGGUCGCAGCAAUUAUAAAGAUAUAUAUGACCUAUUGGAACGUUUGUGUAAAAGCUUUACAGGCGCCAAAAGCAAUCACAGGGAUAUUUUACGCCAUGUAACCCAGUACAUAUCAAAUUGCCCCUCAGCUUUGGGUUCCACUAUGCCUUAUGAUGAAUCUUCAUUGUUAACCAAAAUAACUCAACAUCUUAAUGCAACGCAGGCAUCUGGCACAGCUCACACUGCAUCUAUUUUAAGGGGAUCGAGCGGUGGUUCGACAAACAAUGCCGCCUUGUUCCUGAACUUAAAUGAACAAUUAAAAUCCAGUCAAUUGGAAGCACGUCAGCGAAACGCUUUGCUGACAUUCCUUUUAUUUAUGGCAGAUUCGAAAUACACCACGGAGAAUGGUUCUUCCAGUAAUCCUAGUGUGCCACCGAGCUUUUCUCGCACACGCUACAGCAACCCAAAUGCUUUCUUACCACCAAAUAAUACCAUACAAACACUAAGAGGUCACACAUUUCACAAGGCACAAAAUUCCACACCUUUUGUGGGGAAUGGAGGGGUAUCCUCCGGCAUUUAUAAUUCCUCUGAAAUUAAUCACAAAAUAUCAGUUUUAAGGCAAUCGAAUUAUCAAACAGGCAAUCAUAGUGGUUCUGAAAACGAUUCGACACCAUCCUCGGUUAGUAUGAUACCCACAGCUGCGAGUACCCAAUUUCCCCUUAGAGCCGGUAGCAUUGGUCCAGACCCAAGCAAAAUGUUGGAAACGCAAAGCAAUAUCAAUGAUGACAUUGUACAAAAUGUCAUUUAUGCCUUUACCGGAAUUCCAGGAAAAUAUCUCAAGAAAGAUGUUGUUUCAGGCAAAUUCAAAUUAGAUGUCAAAGCUAAGAAUCUUAAUGUUGUGCAAGCGGGUAUGAUGUUACGUCUAGCUGAGCUAGGCUAUUAUCAUGAUCUGGUCAAGUCAUAUACAGACACCAAGAGUGGUUUGUGUGCCUUGGGAUUAAUGGGCCAGGGAUUUAUAUCAGCUCUGAGAGCAGAAUUGACAAAGUAUUAUGGCAUGGUUGCCUUGUUACAGGAACAGCUGAAUAAACAAAAACAAACGGAAAAGGGUGCACUGCAUAGCAUUACAAAUCGGCAGGAACGAUUGACUUUAAUGAAAAUUCUGGUGUGGUCUGUGGAUCCGUUACAAAGGCUACAAUUACUCGCAGCAAUUGCAGAGGCAUGCCAGGAGAAGAAAGGUGGUGCUUUGGCCUCUACGGUCCAUGGUUUCUUGAGUAGUGGCAAUCCAAUGGUUAAGAACUUGGCCAAAGAACUACUGGUGGCAAUAUGUGGCCCUUUGUAUCAAAUGCUUACCAAGUGGUUAUUGGAGGGUGAGAUUUGUGAUCCUCAUGGUGAAUUUUUUAUUGAAUGCCUUGUUGAGGUGGGUCCAGAUCGCCUUUGGCACGAUAAGUAUCGUGUGCGUUCAUCAAUGUUGCCGAAUUUUGUGACCACCGAUAUGGCUAAUAAGAUUUUGGUAACAGGGAAAAGCAUCAAUUUUCUGUGUGAAAUAUGUGAGGAUAAACAACCGGUGAAGGGCAGAGAUGAGCUAAGGCAGUGCAUAGAAGAAAAUGCUGAGCACAUUUUCUCCGCAGUGGCUGAUACAAAAUUGCACUCAACCAUAGAUUCAAUUUAUUUGAAUACUUCAAAGCGUGUCCUUGACAUUGUUAUGGGUCCACAUAAAUUACUGGAACACUUACAGGCAAUGCGCCGCUACUUGUUGCUGGGCCAGGGCGAUUUUAUCGGCAUUUUAAUGGAAAACUUAAAAUCUGAGCUGGAUAAACCUGCCAAAGAAUUGUAUUCUUAUGAUUUGUCUUCCAUCAUGGAUGCUGCCAUACGUUCAACCAAUGCCCAAUAUGAUGAUCCAGAAAUCCUUAAUCAUUUAGAUGUCAGAUUAAUGUCGCCCUGUGAUGGUGAUAUUGGUUGGGACAUACUCUCAUUACAGUAUACCGUAAGAGGUCCCCUGGCUACAAUGCUCGAACCAUCAAUGCGCAUUUAUCAAGUGUUGUUUAAACCGCUCUGGCGUAUGAAACAUAUGGAAUUUGUAUUAUCAUCAAAAAUAUGGAAAGAUCAGAAAUGCAAUUCAAAGCCCCUGCGACCAAUGGCAGCCGAGUUGGAUAAGGUCCUUUAUCGUCUACAUCUGUUCACAUCCGAAAUGAUACAUUUUAUCCAUCAAAUGCAAUAUUAUAUACUCUUCGAAGUUAUCGAGUGCUCCUGGGCUGAGCUUCAAGAAAAAGUGCAAAAUGCCAAGGCCUUGGACGACAUACUCAAUGCUCAUGAUGAAUUUUUGACCACCAUCAAAUGUGGAGCAUUUUUAGAUUCGAAUUCUGGUGAUCUAUGUCACAAUAUGGAAACCGUGUACGAGGCCAUUGUGCGUCUGGAAGUGUGGCAAGAUAAAUUCUAUGAGCUAUGCUUUCGUGAAUUGAAUUCGCGCAAAGAAUUCGAUAAAGAUGUACUGGAGUCAGAGAAAUUGGGUAAAUUUGGUGUAACGGCUGAAAAGAAAUUGGAGCGAGAUCAAGAACAUAAAAUAUUCGAACAAACUCUUAGCAGUUAUCACAAAUCAUUGGAGAAUAUUGGUGGUGAUUAUGAGGCGGCAGUACGUUGCUUUUUGCUGGCCCUCAAUUCGAAUAAUGAUCAUAAUUUGCAAUUGUUUGGCAUACGUUUGGAUUUCAACGAGUACUAUAAGAAGCGAGAUCAACGUCUGGGUGUACCCUUGACAUUUGAACACAUGCGUAUGAGUAAUAUUUAUUUUAAUAACAGUAAAAGCCUAUUGGGUAGUCGCAUAAAUUGACAGCACCACCAGGAACAGCAGGAGAACGAGAAGAAGAAUUUCGAUGAUGAUGAUGAUAAUGCCCAGGAUACGGCUGCCAACAUUUUGCCUUCAUCUAUCGUUGAUAAUAAUAACGAUAGCAAUUUCACCUUUCAACGAUCCUCGUCAACGGAACAUGGUGCACAUUUAUUAAAUUCUUGUUGUCUUCACAAUGGAAAGAAGAGGGGCGAUAAAGACAACUUAACCGAGGAAACCCAAUUACUUAAAUUUCUUCUCGAAAGAUAUCGCCAUUUAUGUAGUAGUGACACUAGCUUUAAGACUCAGCCUUAUGAACAAAUUACCUGCUUGCAAAGAAAAGAGAAUACAAAACAAUAUGCUUAUGCCGCCAAUAACAGAGAUGAUGAUGGUGAUACUGGUGCAGAUACUUAUAGUAACGAUAACGAUGGUAAUAUGAAACGUCCUUUGAUUUUAAAUGAAAAUCGAUUUUAUGAGCCUAGAAAAGAAAUGAUUUUACAAACAUGUUGUCGUAUAUUGUAAAACCAGAGCAAAGAAACAAAAAAUGUAAGGAAGAAGACAAAAAAAAAAAAAGAAUAAAAUAACUAAAAUGUUUGGAA